AUGACCGCGUUAAAUACCAGGAAUCUUGAAUCUGUCCAUCUGAAGAAGGCCUCUUCCUCGAAACCCACUCCUAGAACGCAAGCUCGUUCGUCUCUGAUGUGGUUUGCGGCGUUUACUGUCUUGCUGGCUGGGGUGUGGUAUGGGAGCGUCUUGGCUGCUCCGAGCGAAUUGAGCUCUGGCAGAGGCGAUGUUGUCGACACUGGAUAUGCCAGGUAUCGAGGCAAUAGGGCCUACCACAACACCGUUGCGUAUCUGGGGAUCCCGUAUGCAGAACCGCCACUGGGUGAACGGAGAUUUAGGGCACCUCUCCCGUUGAAUACGACGAGAAUUCGACUGCAGUCGAGGGGAGAGAUCGUGGAUGCGACCGAGUACCCUGACUUUUGUAUCCAGGGAACCACCGGUGGCGGCGACGCUGGGGGCGCCGGAAGCGAGGACUGCCUCAAGGUCAACAUCUACGCUCCAGCGGGAGCAACGAGACGAAGCAACCGCUACAUCUACGGCAACCCCGCCAACUGGCCCUUCGAGCACUGGAUCAACCAAAACCCCAACGUCGUCAUCGUCUCCGUCUACUACCGCCUCUCCUCAUUCGGCUUCCUCUCCAUCCCCGAACUCCGCGACUCGACCAACGGUGACCUCAACGCCGGCUUCCUCGACCAAAUCGAAGCUCUCAAAUGGGUUAAACGCAAUAUCAGGCAUUUCGGUGGUAACCCGAACAGGGUCACGAUUAAUGGUGAGAGUGCUGGUGGCUCGUCGGUCGAGUUGCAUCUUGUGGCGGAUGCUGGGGAGAGGUUGUUUAGCGGUGCUAUUGCGCAGAGUGUGUAUAGGACGCCUUUGCCCAGUCCUGAGCAGCAAGUGCCACUGUUCAACUACUACGCCACGACUGCUGGUUGUGGCGAAGGAACUGUUGCCGAGAAGCUGGCCUGCUUAAGGAAGGCACCUGUCAGCGCUCUUGCCCGUGCCCAGGACACUGCUCGCCCUCCGACCUUUUCUGACGAAACCUCAAGUGUGGAAUCUGGUUAUUUCCAGUUCCAUCCUGUUGUCGAUGGCAAAGUCAUCAAAGACUAUCCCACACGGUUGAUUACCCAGGGCAAAUUCGCCCGAGUUCCUCUUAUUGUUGGGGCAACGUCGAACGAAACGCUUGGUGGUGGAGAGGUCAUCAGAGAUGUUUUGAAGCGGUUCUUCCCUUCAAUCUCGGAUGCCGACGUUGGUGCAUUGGAAGCUGCUUAUGACCCUGAAGACUUUGCGACACCGAACCUCAGAUUGCAAGCCCUGGUUGGAGACUCUCAGUUGAUUUGUGCUCGCUCAAUCAUGGGCACCGCAUUCUCUCAAAGAGGCCUCGACACCUACACCUAUCGGUACAACCAGAGGAACCCCACCAACGGAGGGACGGGCGUAUGGCACGCCGCCGAAAACUGGAUGAUGUUCCGGGGAACGAACACUGGGUUGAACGGAACAACCACCUUCACCGAGCUCAAUGAGACCGAACAGAAUUUUGCCAGCGAGCUCAUCGCGUACUGGUUAUCCUUUGUGCGUACGGGUAAUCCCAACACCCACAAACUUGCGCGGUCGCCACGAUGGGCUCCGUACAGGAUCGGGUCCAGAGCGCGGAUUGUGUUGCAGCAGGUUCAGGAUACGGCUCAGGCUGGAUCUGGUGAGAGUCCAGAACGCGCCGCCGGUGCUGCGUCCGAGGGUAGGAAGGGAAGUGGGAGUCACAUGGAGAAUGAGACUGUGAAGGAGACGGGGAGAUGUGUCAUUGUUGCGAACCAGGUUGAGAGGCAACAGAACUAG